AUGGCGUUUAAUUUUACCCUAAGCUUAAACACACGCCAAGAGGUAGUUAUUAGCGCUGUAAGCAGAGGAGUUGUUUCCACUGUCCCUGCCAAGCUUAUGAAGGAAGCAAUUGGCGAUCGCUUCUAUGUGAUCCUGGUCGACAACGGGGUUAUGUGUCUUAACGAGUCUGAACUGUUCCUUAGUUGUCUCAAGGGCGUCACAGAGCCGGAGAAGAAGCGCAAAAUCAUUGGUGGAAUAUUUAUCGAUCUAUUUGAGAAGGAGGCACUCUGUAUUGAGAAGGAGGCAGAGAACACUCCCAAUGCCGGCGCGGUCAAGUGGUUCCUUCAGGGCACUCUUUACCCCGAUGUUAUCGAGUCGCUUUUGUUCAAGGGCCCUAGCGCAACCAUCAAGACCUAUUACGAUGUUGGAGGUCUUCCUGACACGCUUAAGUUGAAACUCAUUGAGCCGUUGCGGGAACUUUUCAAGGAUGAAGUCCGAAGUUUCGGCAGGGAGCUUGGUAUCCACGACGAUCUCAUCAUGUGA